AUGGAACCGGAAAGCGCUUCACUUCCCCCAUAGUAUAAAAAAAAAUCAGUGUAGAGGGAAAAGGAAAUGGGGGAGUGACGCGGUGCGCAUCAGGGAUCUGGAAUCGCACGGGUUCACGGGUCCGAGUGAACUCAGACACACAGAUUAUUUUCACUCCUGCAGUUUUACUCUUUUACAGCGUGAAGGAGGGAGGAUCAUGUCUUGCAAGCAUGACUCCCGAAAAUGACUCGUGCGCGCUCUUUAACGGCACCGGGUGUAACGGGACCGGAUCGAACCACCCGCCCGUGCGCCUCUCUCGCGCGCUGCCUUUGGGACUGGUCCUGGGAGCGUUUAUCGUCUUCGCGGCUGUCGGCAACGCGCUGGUCGUGGCCUCAGUGCUGCGCGACAGACGCCUGCGCGCGCCGACACACUGGCUGAUCGCGAACCUGGCGGCGGCGGACCUGCUGCUGAGCGCCGCCGUGCUGCCGGUGUCGGCGGCGCACGAGAUCCUCGACCGCUGGGCUUUCGGGAGCGUCUUCUGCGACGUGUGGGCCGCGCUGGACGUGCUGUGCUGCACGGCGUCCAUCCUGAGCCUGUGCGUCAUCUCGGUGGACCGCUACGUCGGCGUGAGCCGCCCGCUGGCCUACACGAGCAUCGUGACGCACCGCCGCGCGGUGCUCGCCGCGCUCUCGGUGUGGCUCGUCUCCGUGCUCAUCUCCGUCGGACCGCUGCUGGGAUGGAAGCAGGCGCGCUCGCCGGACGACACCGCGUGCGACAUCACCGAGGAGCCCUACUACGCGCUCUUCUCCUCGCUCGUGUCCUUCUACAUCCCGCUGGCCGUCAUCCUCGCCAUGUACUGCCGCGUCUACAUUGUGGCUAAACGCACGAGUCGCAGUUUGGAGCUGGGCGUCCGGAAGGAGAGAAUAAACUCCACGGAAGUCACGCUGAGGAUCCAUCAGGGCUCCAGGACGCGCGAGGAACCGGCGCAGGAGCAGCAUCACCACAACCACCACCACCACCACCAUCAGCAGCAUCAGCGGAGCUCGCUCACGGUCACGGUGUUGAAAUUCUCUCGGGAAAAAAAAGCAGCCAAAACGGUUGGAGUGCUGGUCGGAGCGUUCACCGCGUGCUGGCUGCCCUUCUUCAUCACCUUACCCAUCGUCUCCUUCAACACUGAUCUGCGUCCUCCAGAAACCGUCUUCAAAUUCGUCUUCUGGCUCGGUUACUUCAACAGCUGCGUGAACCCCGUCAUCUACCCGUGUUACAGCCGUGAGUUCCGCCGGGCGUUCGCCCGGAUCCUGCGCUGCCGGACGCGUCGGUCGGUGUGGAGGACGUUUCCUCCUCACGGCACCUCGUCCUGCCAGGCCAGGAAAGACUCCCGGGACUCCAUGGAGAACUUCGGCAGCUACGUGUACGGCAGCCAGAGGACACUGUCCUUCUCCAGCCCGUGUCCCAGUCCUGGUUUCCACAGCAAGGGUCAGUUUCCGUUCUCGGAGCACGGACACGCUCACCCUCACCCUCGGAGCAGGAACAACUCGGUUUUGGUCGAGAGUGUUACAGAUCGGUCUCUGGAGCCUGUCAGGGAGGAUACGCUGCAGGACAACGGACAAAUAAAUCCGAUAAACGCCGAGACGUUCUCUGACGGUCAGACGAGUCAAGUGGCGAAGGACGUUGUUCUCAAACCUAGCGACUAAUAAACUGCCAUCUCAGUGUUUACGUAUCACUAGUUUAAAGAAACGAAGAUCGGACAUAAAUAAAUGAGACGCACACAAUUUCCCAUUUCCCCCGAAUGUUGUCAUUAUCCAAGAUAUGUUUUCUGUCUGAGGUUUGCUUCUUUACUUUUAACGCGAGGCUAAUAUAGCUAGCGGAGGCUUUUAUAGCCACCAGUUUAACUGUGUUCCUUUAAUACAUUCUCUGCUUCAUUAAUAACACUACUAACGUGAUCUUUUCCUUGCUGAUUCUCUCCGAUUAUACACACUCAGUGGGCCUCGUUUAUUAUUAACCUGUUAGUAAUGUUGCAUAGAAAUGUUUUUGUGGCCAAACUGAUGGAAAAUUUCCUGCCAGGUUUACAAAAACAUCUGAUUCCCUUCAUACACACGUACAUACGUCGACCAGCGCCGAUCAGCAUGUUCCUGGCGCUUACUUUGUUGUGCCACGCCCACGAAACACCAUAAAAGGCAAAGAGAGCAGAAAACCGACAAAAAUGGUGACUAAAAAGUGAAAGAGCGCGUCCUGGAUGAAUUGCGCUCUGAAUUUAUGUUUUUUUUGUUUUUUUUAUCAACAUGUUUUUGGUCUUUCGUGGCAUUAAUAUGAAAGGAAAAUUCGCGUUUUUCCAAAACGUUCAUUAAAUCGGUGUGUCGUUGAAAUAACGACGCGAUUUUAAACGUGAUCCUCACCGACUCGUUUCCAGCGAUACGAUCACGAUCGCGGUUCGUGCUUGUGAGCCUCUUUAGGGAAAUUUACACCAAGGCAGAUUUUCAUUAACGUCAUAUUUCUUCUUCAAACGCUCCCGAGAACCAUCUGCGAAUAAAUUUGUCCGUAUUCGUUUUUUGAUCGAACGAGACCCGUGACGUUUCGACAUCGUUUGCUUGCUUUGAUCCUGCGCCGAUUCUCAGAACCGCUUUCAAACCCCAAGCCUCGGUUCCCACAAUCAACAAGGAAGAACACUGUAAAACACCUGACUGAGCCAUGAUCAUCGCAUUUAUUCCGACAGAAGAAGAAAACACCUGUGAAGCUGAGGAUCUUUAUCCUGACACGGCUGUAUGAGAAACCCUGAAGGUCUAAAAUCACACACACACACACACACACACACACACACAGUUCUACAAUUGUGAAGAAAGGUGGAGAAAUCUGGCAGAUUGUUUGGAAUAAAUGAUAUAGAGCGA